GAAGAGGAGGAUGGAGGGGGAGAGGCGGAAAUGGAGGUGAAAGGGCAGAGAGAGGGGAUGUGGGAAGAAUUGGAGAGCAUGCUGCAGAUGAAAGAGAAGGGGCGAGAAGGGGGAUGGCAGAAAUGGGUGUAAGGAGAGGAGGAUAUAGUGUGGAUAGAAGAGGAGGUAGAGGGGGUGAAAGAAGAGAUGGUGUGAGAGACAGACAAGAGAGGAAUGGAGGAAGAUCUAAUUCCACAGGCAGAGUUGGGGCGCCACAGGGCAACGGACUGGGCUAUAAAACACUGGAAGAACUCUCUCAAAAAGACCCAUCUGUAGUGGCCAUCACCCUGUCCGCUAAACCCGCCCUACGAGAUGUCCUAAAUGAGACAACAAUGAGGAAGGACCUUGUCGAACUCCUCUGCCUGGUGCUGAGUAAAGCCUUCAAAGCACGGACAGACAGAGGCACCCUGCAGCACCUGGCCGGCAUCAUAAAAGAUUCAGGGUUCUUCCGCGCCGUCCUGCCCUUCUAUCUUGUGGGCAUGGAGUCAGAGUUCAAUGCUGAGCGCAGAGCACAAUACCCACAACAUCUGGAAAACAUCCUGGCUAUUCUGUCAGAGGUCCUCAGCAUAUUCCCUGCUAGCUCUGUCCAGGUAGUGAGGUUGCUACUGACGCAGCUCCAAGCCUCCAUCAACAGCCUGAAAACAUCAGGAGUGGAAAUCCAACCUCAAGUUGAGGAGAGUGUGGAGGGUCUUCAUGUCCUGAUCAGGCACCUUCAGGAGAAAUCCAGGGAGGGUACCCUGCGCUCAGACAAGGACACUUAUGCCCUCCUAACCCCAGGAGUUGAUAAUCCAGGUGAAGAAGACCAGCAAGAUUACAGGACCAUACCCAUAUACCCAACUCAUGAGGAGCUCCACCAGGCCGCCAGGCCCUUCCUUAGACCUAACCUCACCUCUCAGCGCUACACAAACACCCACAUCUACCUUGACACGCACUUCCGGCUGCUGAGAGAGGACUUUGUGCGGCCACUCCGUGAGGGGAUCCAGCAAUUGCUUUGGAACCAAAUGGCCAUGGGAAGAAAUGACAAUCCGCUGAAGAAGAAACGCUUUGACGAUAUCAGAGUAUAUUGUGACACAAGACUGGUGGUGCCCAAAUGCACACACACUGGCCUUGCCUACAUCGUCCAGUUCGACAUUCAGCCACUUAUGUUUGUGCGCUGGCAGAACUCCAAGAGGCUGAUCUACGGUUCCCUGGUCUGCCUGUCUUCUGACAAUUUUGAGACAUUUUUGUUUGCCACAGUGUCAGAUCGGGAUCCCAAAGACCUGCAGAAGGGACAGGUCCAGAUUAGCUUUACUGAAGAAAGCAGAUUGAUGUUGGCUGGAAUUCAGAAAGAUCAGUUGUUCCUGAUGGUUGAGACUACUGCCUACUUUGAGGCCUAUCGUUACGUUCUAGAUGGCCUACAGGAGCAAGAGGAGGACAGUCUGCCCUUUCAGAGGUACAUAGUGGAGUGCAGCACAGACGUGCAUCCCCCAGCUUAUCUGCGAAGAAGAGAUACUUAUGACCUGUCAUCCAUUGCUGACCCUGACUACAAGGACCACAUACGGCCCUUUCACAGCCGGGACGAAAAGGCCUGGCCAGGAAUGGAGGAGCUGGGGCUGGAUGAGUCUCAAAUGCAAGCCUUCCAGCUGGCCCUGACGAAGGAGCUGGCCAUCAUACAGGGACCUCCUGGCACUGGAAAAACCUACGUUGGCCUUAAGAUUGCUCAGGCUCUGUUGACCAAUCAGGAACUUUGGAGAAGUAAAUUGGACACAGUUCCAAUGCUGGUAGUGUGUUACACCAACCAUGCCCUGGAUCAGUUCCUUGAGGGUAUUCAUAAAUUUCUGAAAGACGGCAUAGUGAGAGUGGGGGGCCGCAGCAACAGUGAGAUCCUGAAGCGUUUCAAUCUAAGGGAGCUGACCCACUCGGCUAACUUCAAACGUUCGCUGCCGUCUCACCUGCGUAAUGCAUUUAAUGAGAUUUACAAGCAGCUGUGUCAGGAGGAGAGGGGAAUCGAGAUGCACAGUAUGAGGCUGGAGUGUUCUCUGAAAGGUGUCCUACGUGAAUACUUCUUACAGAAGUACAUUUUGGGCAGACACUGGGACAGUCUGCACCAACCACCUACACAGGAUGGUUUUGAGAUCUGGACUGAGAAGAAGCCCAGUUUGAUGAUGGAUUGGUUGGGUUUGGGUUCCACCACCUUCCUGCAGAGGGAGACAGAGAAUGCAAAUGGAAAUGAAGAUAUAGAAGCAGAGGAAGCAGAAGAAGAAGAGGACCUCAUUGAAAUCGCAGAGGAAGCAGAUCUUAUCCAGGCGGAGCGGAUUAUUGAAGACAACAUUGGUCCCAGAGCUGGAAGAAGAGAUAGAGAUAGAAGAAACAAGGGAGACACUCAGGAGGUUGUCAGAGAAGUCGAAGAACUAAUGCUGGCAAUGAACUUGGAUAAAUCUGAAAUACGGGCUGAGCAGAGCGAGGAAGGAUUUGAGAUACAGCGCAAACAGAAGAAAAAGAUGAAGAGCAAAAUCAGGAAAGAGGUGAGGAAGAGCUCGACUAUGACUGAACUUGAGGAACAUGCUGUCUUGGAUAUUUGGACCCUGAGCCUGCCAAACAGAUGGAGACUCUAUCGGUUGUGGGUGGCGCGCUACAGGGCAGAACUUUGCGCCAAAGUCUUCGAGUCUGAGCAGGCCUAUCAGAACACAGUGGACAGAUUGGCUGAUGUAAAACGCCAUGAGAACCUUUGCCUCCUCAAAGAAGCCACGGUUAUUGGCAUGACAACAACAGGGGCGGCCAAGUUCCGUAAAGUUCUGCAGGAAGUGCGUCCACGUCUGGUGAUAGUAGAAGAGGCUGCAGAGGUUCUUGAGGCCCACACGAUCACCACACUGAGCGAAGCAUGCCAACACCUCAUCCUCAUCGGAGACCACCAACAACUGCGCCCCAGUGCCACAGUAUACGAACUUGCUAAGAACUUCCACCUGGAGAUGUCCAUGUUUGAGAGGCUUGUGAAGAUGGGACUUCCUUUUGUCAGACUCAACUACCAGCAUCGUAUGAGGCCAGAAAUUGCCUGUCUACUGACCCCACACAUCUACUCAGAGCUGGAAAACCAUCCCUCUGUUUUUGACUAUGACAACAUCAAGGGCCUUAAUACCAAUUUAUUCUUCGUGGAGCACAACCACCCAGAAGAAGAGAUCAAAGAUGGUAGAAGCCAUCAAAACCGGCAUGAGGCAAUGUUUGUAGUCGCUCUUUGUCGCUAUCUUCUCUUUCAAGACUACAAACCAGAGCAAAUUACCAUCCUCACAACCUAUACUGGCCAGCUUCACUGUCUGCGCAAACUUAUGCCUGCUAGCGAGUUCACAGGGGUCAAAGUUCACGUGGUGGACAAGUACCAGGGAGAGGAGAAUGACAUCGUCUUGUUGUCUCUGGUCCGCAGCAACCAGCAGCGUAAAGUUGGUUUUCUGAACAUUCCCAAUCGUGUCUGUGUAGCCUUGUCUCGUGCCAAGAAAGGUCUUUACUGUAUUGGCAACAGUGCAAUGCUAGGACAGGUCAAACUGUGGAGCAACAUCUUCUACACCUUGAGGGAGAAGAACCAGAUUGGGGAUGCUCUGACUCUGUGCUGUCAGAAUCAUCCAGAUCGACAGAUAAGAGCGUCAUGUGCUGAAGAUUUUAAACAAGCGCCUGAGGGUGGCUGCACCCAGCCUUGCAACUUCCGUUUGGAUUGUGGCCAUGUUUGCUCAAGUGUCUGCCACCCCUACGACCCUGAACACAAGAAGUACAAGUGUGUCAAGAAGUGCCAGAAGAUUUUAUGCAAACUGGGACACAGGUGCACACUUGUGUGCCACAGAGCAUGUCCAGAGAAAUGUGCAGUUAAGGUUGAGAAGAUCAUACCCCAGUGUCAACACACGCAGAUGGUUCCUUGCCACCAGGACCCGAAGACCUUUACGUGCCAGGAGCCUUGCCAGAAGUUGCUUCACUGUGAACAUCCAUGUGAUUCAGUUUGUGGAGAACCAUGCACCAUUAAGUGCAAAGUGAAGGUCAACUUAAAACUAAGGUGCGGCCACAGCCAGCAAGAUGCUUGCUUUUACAAAACACAAAUAGAGGGGCCUGAAUGUAGGACCCCUUGUAAGCAUCAGCUAAAAUGUGGCCAUGCGUGUCGUGGUAACUGUGGCAAGUGUUAUCAGGGAAGGUUCCAUUUCCCAUGUUUUCACCAGUGUGAGCGUCUCCUGGUUUGCUCUCACAAGUGCAGGGAGCCUUGCACUCGUGAUUGCCCCCCCUGUCUGAGACCAUGUGAGAACUGCUGCAUCCACAGCAAGUGUAUGAAGCCAUGUGGACAGCCCUGUGCUCCAUGCAUUGAGCCCUGCGCUUCGCAGUGCCCUCAUCAAAGCUGCAGUAAACUUUGCCAUGAGCCAUGUGAUCGUCCACCAUGCACCCAACCCUGUGCCAAGACCCUGGAUUGCGGCCAUCCAUGCAUAGGUCUGUGUGGAGACAAAUGUCCUAAAAAAUGUCGCAUCUGUCAUCACAAUGAGGUCACAGAGAUUUUCUUCGGCACAGAGGAUGACCCUGAGGCUUACUUCAUUGAGCUAGAGGACUGUGGGCACAUCAUUGAAUACACAGCCAUGGACACAUACAUGGCGAUGGAUGACAACCAACAGGGAAAUGAAGGAGAGCAGGUUGCCAUAAAACUGAAGGAAUGUCCAAAGUGUCGAACUCCAAUCCGCAAAAAUCUACGCUAUGGAUCUCACAUCAACAACAGUCUAGCUGAGAUAGAGAUGGUAAAGGUGAAGAUAAAUGGACGUCAGGCAGACAUUGAAGCAUACAGGAAGAACCUUCAAGAUCAAUGGAAGGACAACCUUCUCACCUAUAAAAUGGAUCAGCAAGAUGAAUAUAUGUAUAUCAAGGUCCGACUGGGAAAAACGUAUCUCACAGCAAAUGAUCUGUGGGUCUUGGAAAACAAGAUGGAUUUCCUAGUAAGAGUUGAAAAGCUUAAGAAGAUCCAAAGUGAAAAAGUGUCAUUGAUGCAAAGACAACAAUUGCGAAAGUAUGUUGAUGAGUUUGUGUGCUGGCUCACGAAUGGCCACCAAAGAUUCACAGACCAGCAGGUCUUUGAUUUGCAGAGAGAGCUACAGAGACUCUCUCACCUGACUGAACUCAGUGCCCGUUGUGAUAUGGCAAACAAGAGAGGACAAAGUGCCAAAAUUCAGUCUGAGGUACAAACAAUAAGAGAGCUUUUGGAAAGGUCUGGCCAAUUCACGGAAGAAGAUGAACUCAGAGUCAAAGAAGCCAUGAAGGACCUAGACAACAAGGUUCCAUCCACAGGCUUGGGGAUCACUGAGGAGGAGAGAAAGAUGAUCGUCUCGGCUAUGAAAAUGCCACCUGGGCACUGGUACAAAUGUCCUAAUGGCCAUGUCUACCUUAUAACAGAGUGUGGAGGUGCUACGGUGAGUCGACGCUGCACUGAUUGUGAUGCUACUAUUGGUGGGGCCAAUCACAGAUUGGAAAGUAACAAUCAAGUCGCCUCUGAGAUGGAUGGGUCACGGCACCCUGCUUGGUCUGAAGCCAACAACUUUGUAAACUUUGGUCAACUUGACCUCUAACAGCCACCUGAGAGAGGUCUGUUGUUGCCUUGCCAGUCCCAUCUGUUGGAGGCAGUACCUAUGAGUGGCAAUAGGUUAUGAUUUUACAGUAAUGACCACUUGAAGUUGUGCCGAACUUGCAGGAACCAAAAAUUACUGUACACAGGGUAAAUAAAGGGAGAUAAUGCAGCUGCCUAUUUCACUUUGCAUCAAUAAAGUGCAUCACUUAGGAGAUGGAUGGGACAGAGCACUGUUUAUGAAAAUCUUCUUGCAUGAAAUUGACUCUCGAAAUCCUCUAUUGAAAAUACAGAUCUACUUAGUAUUAGAGCAAUAAUCUGAGACACUUCUAUUAACAAAUAUCCACUUUGCUCAAUUCUAUCAUAAUUUUGUCACACUGUAUUGACUUGUAGUUCAUGGAAGCUUUAACAUUUGCUGCUUUAGCCAUACUAGUUAUGUUUUAAAAAUGCUUUGCUUGUACCAAGGAUCUAUAACAUGUCAAAGAAAAUAUUAUGGGUUAUAGUUUUUAAUGCUAAAUUAUUUAGUCAAAUAUCUACUUUGACCCUUUCAUUUGUUCAAGCCUCUUUGUGUAAGUAAUAGUUGUCCUGUGCCUUAACAAUAGGUGGCAGUAAAACACUGUAAAAGAAAAUACAGAUAAAUGAUUUGAUAGUUAUGCUUGCAACUUGCUCAAAUGGAAUAAAACGUAUGUGAAUCUUGAA